CGACGUUGUUACUGUAAACAAAUUCUCUGAGGAAAACAGAUGCUUUUAUUAGACUACAAGCUUUUGUUUACAGCGAAUGAAAAUGCUUAUUCUACUACUAGUCUAGUUAUUAGUUGAUUCACCAACAGUUUGAUAGACUUCUAUCAUUAGUGGAUAAUUACCAUGAAUAUUCAAGUGCUAGGUCGAAUUCGCCCCACAUUUCGAACAGAGAGAUCAUCUCUGUAUUUGUCAGAAAAAAAUACAGUUGCGUCCAGGGCUGGGGGGCCGUCCUUUGGAUUUGAUGAAUUAUUCCAUGAAAAUGAUACGACCUAUGACAUCUUCAAAGCCUCAGUCCAGCCUUCACUAGACCUGCUGUUGGGGGGCUGCAAUGUUUGUUUCCUAGUCAUAGGGGAGACUGGGUCAGGGAAAUCCUUCACCCUGGCUGGAGAGGGACAGUCCCAAGCUGGCAUGGUACCAAUGGUGCUAGAGCAUUUGUUAGCCAGGCUCUUCAGGGACAGUUACAAGUACGAGAAGAGAUCAUCCAAGAGCUGGCCUGUGGUUACACUGCAGAUGUUUCAAGUUGUCAAUGAGGUGUUGAAAGACUUGCUGCUGGUCCCGGCGUCGGUCUCCCAGAACCUGCAGAUAGGUGACACAGCCAGCAAAGGUGUUCAUGUGCAGGGUAUAACCCGACUCCCCUUAAAAGAUGGCUCACAAGCCACAGCCCAGUUCCAGCAAGCCUGGGGGAGACGAGCCAACAAAUCAUCAGAUUACGGCUACACCGCGGACCACUCGGCCGUGUUUGUUGUCAUAGAGCUAGAGAUGGCAAUAGGAGGCAACCCCAAACCUUACAGGUCAAAGUUCACAGUGGUUGAACUGCCAGGAUUAGAGCGGCUAGUUAAUCAUUCAGGCUACGCAACAGGCUGGGAAGGGCAAGGAAUUAACCGAGCUCUAACUGCCCUAAACAACGUGGUUACCUCCCUUAGCAGCCAGCCCGACCCCCAGCGGGUUAUUAAUUACAAUGAGUCCCAUUUGACCCGCCUCCUGCAGGAAGAACUAGGCGGGAACUGCCACACCAAAGCCCUGGUCUGCUUGAAGCCAGAGACCAACCCACAGACCCUCGCAGAGAUCAUCCGCUUCUGCUCCAAGCUAGAUCAGGUGAAAAACUUUCCUGUGGUCAACGACCCCCAGGCACAGGGUCUCCUCACCCAAUACAGAGCCAGGAUUUUAGAUUUAAAACUUGGACCAGCCAUGACGUCAACAGCACCGUACAGCUCUGAAGCUGCACAGGAUAUCCGCAGGCUUCAGACAGAGAAUCUGGUGCUGAAGGACCAAAAUGAACGUCUGCAGCUGCGACUGGAUCAGCUGAGCAGCAAGUUUGGUCACGUGGCCAGCACCAAGACUGACCUCUCGCAACAGCUGCUGCUUAGUGAGGAGGAGAAACUCAAGGUCUCCCAGUCACUGGUAGAGAUGCAGAUAGAAAACAACAAAAUCAAGGAGGAAGCUGAAGCCAGCAACUUUGAACUCACCAACAAGAUCAUCAUGUUGGAGAACCAGCUGCUGGAGGCCCAGAACACUGGAGACAAGCACAAGAGGACAGCCAAAGCUGCCAAGGAGAGACUCAAUGAGCUGGAGACUGAUAGGAAAGAUCUCGCUGACGAAUACGUCGUUCUCAAAACAAACUACUUAGCUCUAACUAACGAGCACAAGAGAGAGUGCACAAGAAAUGAAAAUUUGGCCAUAGAGCUGCUAAAUCUGGUCAACAACAAAGCAGCCUUGAUGAGGCAGGUCAUGAUCCUGACCAACGGUGACCCCAGCCAGGUGGAUGACCCCAACGCUGAGAUAGCCAGGAUCAGGGCCAUCAUUCAACAAAACACAUCUGGGAAGAUCAAGGCUGAUGAAAUUCUUGGAACCCAACGGGACAGAGAACUUAUUGAGGACAGGUUGUUUGCCAGCCAAAGGAAGUUUGAGUCAGAGAUUAACAGAAUCAAAACAGAUUAUGGUGAUGAGCACAAGAAAUAUGAGUCUCGCAUGAACUCUUUAAUGAAGGAGUUGGCAGAUACAAGAGUGUUGGCCAGGGAGAGGCAGCAGAAGAUAUCUGAGCUCAACGCUAAACUGAUCACACUGAGGGGGGAGAAGGAGGCGGUGGAGACACAAACCAACAGGCUGCAACACAAGGUCAAGGAUCUUGGUGAAGAUUUCAGGGCCAGGCUGGUCAAGUAUGUCGAGGAUAUUGCUGAAUUUGUUGACAAAGGCAGCGGUGUACCUGGCCAGCAACAUGAGCGCAAGAUGAGGGAGUAUGUGGACAGCAUGCUCAAGGACAUUCGAAGGUCACACAAGGAAAGAGAGGACCAGUUGAGUCAGGCAGCACAGACCUUUAAGAAACGCCUGCAGAAUACAGUGCACAGCUACGAGCAGGUGUUGAUAGCUUACAGGAACCUGCGCCAGACGUGCGAGGCCCGUGGGUUUGACCGCGCUGACCUUGGCCCAGAUGAGAAUGACCUGAAGUUGGGGGACACGGAGAUCCAGUCGUCUCACCUGAAGGAGCUGGACAAAACAAAGUCUGAGCUCAACAGGGCCAAGAAUGAACUGGACGCGGUCAAGCUACGGUAUGGCCUGUUUGGUGAUGACAAGAAGGAAAAUCUGGGAGAUCUCAACACUGUGUCGGCCAGGUCUGACCUGUGGGCAGCCCUCAGGAAACAGCUGAGGGAGUUCACACUUAACACGCAGCAACAGCUGGAGCAGGAGCGGGCGCGGCUGCUCAGUGAGAACCAGGUCCUGCAACAACAGCUCAGGGAGAGUCAGGAGUACAUUGACAGCCAUCUUGUACGCUACAAGCAGGAGAUCCUGCGCCUGCGCAAGUUGCUGGGUAUGUCUGAAGCUGAGGCUGGCAUCCUGACAGACAGGCUGGCAAGAACCAAGAAAAGAUAACUCAGUGGCCUCCAGCUAAAUCCUUAUCAACAUCUCCGUCCAUCUACAAAUUAUUAAUGACUAUGCACAUAUUUUUGAUAAAUAAAGAUUAUCUUUUACAAUAUUCAA